AUGACAUUUGUGCGUCCACAUAAUGUCGGCAUUCUGGCCAUGGAAGUGCAUUUUCCAUGCGAUUAUGUAUUACAAGAGGAAUUAGAGAUAUUUGAUGGUGUUAGUAGUGGUAAAUACACACUAGGACUUGGACAAAUAGCUAUGGCUGUACCUGGUGAUCGUGAAGAUGUAAAUGCAUUGGCGUUAACGGCCGUUUCAAGGCUUUUAAGUAAAUUUCAAGUAUCUACAGAUGAAAUUGGACGUCUAGAAGUUGGUACAGAGACGUUAGUGGAUAAGAGCAAGUCGACGAAGACGGUCCUUAUGCAGUUAUUUGGAGAUAAGGACACAGACGUGGAUGGAGCUACCGUCAUAAAUGCCUGUUAUGGUGGCACGGCAGCGCUGUUAAAUGCAAUUGCAUGGGUGGAGAGCUCUUUCUGGGAUAGACGAUAUGCUGUUGUAGUUGCUACAGACAUUGCAGUGUAUCCAAAGGGUCCAGCACGUCCUACUGGAGGAUGUGGAGCUGUGGCGAUGCUUAUUGGACCAGAUGCUCCGAUGGUGUUGGAUUGCAAAACCAAAGCCACUCAUGCAGACAACGUCUGGGACUUUUAUAAACCCAAUGUGAACAGCGAGUACCCGACAGUAGACGGCAAGCUGUCGAAUUUGUGCUAUUUGCAUGCGUUGGAUGAAUGCUAUCAGCUUUUCUGCAAGAAAAGUGAAAUGGCUGCACAAAAGAACGGAACUGAACUUGGGUUGAAGUCUAUUGAUUACGCAGUGUUUCACUCGCCGUACAACAAAUUGGUGCAAAAAUCUUUUGCUCGUUUGCUUUUUCUAGACUUGAGACGUUUGCUACGUCGUGGUGAUGAAGUUGCUGAAAAGAAAUUUGCAUUGUUGAAGAAAUGGAAAGACACGCCACUGAGUGAGACACUGAACGACCGUGAGCUCGAAAUGGCCGCUCGGGAUGUUGCAAAGGCAGAUUUUGACAUCAAAGUAUCACCGAGCUGCACGACUUCUCAGCAGCUGGGCAACUCCUAUACGGCCGCAGUAUACAUGAACCUGGCAACAUUGGUUCACGCGCGUGCCAAGGAUCUUGCACUUGGUGCUCGGGUGCUUAUGUUUUCCUACGGCUCUGGAAGCCUUGCUACCAUGUACAUGCUCCACACGCGUGAGCCGACAGAGUCGGCUAAGGGAAAGUUUUCACUGGGAAAGAUCGCCAAGUCCCUGGACCUUACUUUUCGUCUUGAGCGUCGCAACAAGAAGACCCCAGAGCAGUACGCAGCGCGUAUGAAACUGCGUCAGUGCACGUUUGGCGCUAAGAAAGAGUUGAAGCUCACGCAGUCGAUUGCUUCCAUUCCUGAAGGAGACUUUUACCUCGACCGGAUUGACGACGUCGGCCGCCGAUACUACGCUCGUUCAAAGCCGCAAGUUAUUGUGGAGGGUGACGAGCAGGCACACCGUCGCAUGAUCAAGACAACGCAAGAACUUGCUGGCGCCGUGUAUGUGACUGGUACAAGUGUUGGUCUGCCAGGUCAGACCAAGGUAUUCGAGGGCAAAAAGUCGGUCGAGAAGCUUUUAAAUGGUGACAAUUGUAUCCACAUACUCACCGAUGCGGACAAGGACAGGAUGGUAGCUCAAAACAUCGUGCAUAUCAGCAAGGAUUAUACCACCGGUAAUGUGACUCGCUCUUCAGUUUCCACUCGCGAUAAGUGCAUUCAAGUGUCUGCUGUUGCGAGCCACGUGGAUCUCGAAAAGGACUACGGUGUAGCCACAACGAUUGCGCGCUCAAUGGACGAACCUACACAGCUGGCUGUGGCUGCUGGUCUUGAAGCUGUUCGCAAUGCUGGCCUCGUGGACGGAAUUGAUGCCAACUGGAGGUUGUCUGAGAACAUGCGUGACUCCACUGGUGUGAUUUACGCAACAUCGUUCCCUACCAUGAAUGCGGCGGUAUCAGAAACGUCUCGUUACUACGAAGAAGGCAGUCAAGAAAGCGCGUCUACCUAUCAAAUGGAUCGCAAAAUUCUCUUUCGGCUGCUUAUACUAGCAAACGCACAACUCGCUCAACUUAUUGGAGCCCGUGGACCUAACACACAGAUCAAUGCGGCAUGCGCAGGCACAACACAAGCCAUUGGUAUGGCUCAGGAUUGGAUUAAUAACGGCAAAUGCCAGCGGGUCAUUGUGGUGUCUAGCGACACUGCUAGCUCAAAGACCAUGAUGCCUUUGAUUGGUGGUGGUUUUCAUGCACUCGGUGCUGCGUGCAUCGCCCCGACCGCAAAUGAUGCGGCGCGACCAUUUGACGUAAAGCGUAGCGGUAUGAUUGUCGGUAGCGGAGCGAUCGGGUUGGUUUUUGAGUCCUCUCUGGCAUUAGUGGAACGUCCAGUGGCUGGUCCUUCCGAUAAGAAGAGCGUGCGUCUACUUGCCUCUCAAUUCAGCAACUCGGCCUAUCACGGUGCUGCACUGGAGCCGAAUCACGUCGGUCAGGAGCUCGUGCGUUUCUUGGAUAGCGUAGAGAGAGACUUCAAUAUCACUCAAGUAACGGCGUUGCGCACAGCUUUCGGCUCAGAGCUGCUUGCUCAGCUAAUGAUAACAAACACGAAGGGAAUUACAGGACACCCUAUGGCCGUGGCGUUUGAGGACGUGGCAGCCAUCGAGGGUCUGCGCAACGGAUGCGUACCACCCGUGGUGCACUUUGAGGCUCAUGAUCCCAACCUAGGCGAGACUCCUCUUCGCCUUGCCCCGGGAGGUGUUUACGCCCACAAGUAUGCGUUGCGCUUUGCUGCAGGCUUCGGGUCUCAGCUUGCGUUUUCUCUUUACACGCUCGAAUAUUGA